AGCAAACACACUAUUGACUGGUUUGUGUAAGAGAGAGAGUGAGAGAAAUUCUCUGGAGUUGGACGACAGUGAGAUUGCAAAACUGCUCUUGUACUACAAGAUUGACAGUCAGACAGAAGUACAAGGAGAAACGGUUGGGGGGAAUGAUCAGUAUAGUUGGUUAAAUGUAAUUCUGUGCUAAAUCAAGAACAGACCGUCCCUCAACAAAAGUAGUCAAAGAAUAAGAAAGAUAGAAACUCUCUUCUGUCAUCCAUGUUCAUGAGAGCCGGCGGCUAUGGUGGCGUGAUGGAGGGGAUUCAGGGAGGGAAUUAACUUAAGUUCUCUCUCUGAAUCCCAUCGCACCUAUCUUGUUGCUGCGGCAAGAAAGUGAAACACAAACAACAACAACAAGGGAAUUCUACAUAAAGCUUCAAACGAUAGCUCUAUUUGUCUUGGGACCGACAGGAGCUGUUUCUGUUUCUGAUGAACGUUCUCAUUGACGACGACAGAUUUUCUAAUUGGUUCUCUGCUGCGCGAGGCAAAUCUCUUCACUUUGGCACUAAAAAAAGAAGAAUAUCUUCUGAAUUUGACCUGGUUUUUACUAGGGGCAAUUCUCCUUUGGCAAAACUUCCUGGAUCCCUUUUGUGUUCAACAAAAAGGAGGAGGAAGAACAUCUAUCUUCUUCUCUACCUAGAUUUUACUCUCAAGAUUCAAAUCUUCUGGGCAAAUCUCCUUUGGCAACAAAUAACUCUCUUCAAUAGGUUCAGAUCUAUUGGGCAAAUCUCCUUUGGCAAUAUUCUAUCUUCCUUUCUUCUUCACCUCUCUUGAUUAUCCAAAAGAAAAUUAUAUAAAAAAAAAAUCUGCUAGCUAGUUAAUUUACAUGGACUUGUUCAGCGACUAUGAUAGCUUGAGUGAGAGCAGCAGCAGCAGCGAUGAUCAACAAGAUGACAUCGAACUCUUGUACUGCGGCGAGGCUUCAAACAUUCUCUCGUGUCUGGAGGAAAGUAUUGGAAAGAUCGACGAUCUCCUCUCUGUUGAAAUGGGAUUCAUGUAUGGUGACAUUGUUUCUUCCAACUCCGACCCGACUGGCCAGACUGGUAAAGUCAUAAGCAUCAACAUGCACGUGGACUUGGAGAAUCUCCACGGGAAAACCAUGAAAGAUGUCGAUUCCAAUCAUAUCGCUAAAAUCCGAUCUCUUUCCGUAGGGGAUUUCGUCUUGCUUGGGUCGUGGGUUGGGAAAGUAGACAAGAUUGAAGAUCGAGUUGCUGUCUUGUUUGACGAUGGCUCCAAAUCUUCCUUUACGGCAACAGAAAAGCUGAUCAUACCAAUAUCUACCAAUUUACUUGAAGAUUGUGAUCAAUUCCCUUAUUAUCCAGGACAGCGAGUACAGGUAGAGCUUUCUUCAACUACUAAUUCUAGAUCGGAUAGAUGGCUAUGCUGUGCAUGGAAGGGAAGACGUAAUGAAGGGACCGUAUUCGCUGUUGAAGCCGGGCUCGUUUAUGUCGAGUGGCUUUCCUGUGCACUUGUUGAUUCUUCUGACAAGAUACCACUUGCCCCUCCAUCCUGCUUACAGGAUGCGGACAACCUUAGUUUAUUGUCUUGUUUCUCUCAUGCGAAUUGGCAACUCGGUGAUUGGUGUGUUUUGCCGGGGCUCGAAUCUGAAAUAUAUGUUAUCGUCAAGACGAAAACAAAAGUCGAUGUUAUGUGGCAGGACGGUAGCCACUCGUUUGCAGUGGACGCGAAUUCUCUGUUCCAAGUUAAUAUUGUUGAUGCUCAUGAUUUCUGGCCCGGUCAAUUCGUACUAGAAAAGGGAAGCUGUGAUGAUCUUGUUCACGUUUCUAGCGGAAGAAGAUGGGGUUUCGUGAGGACAUAUGAUUCGAAGGAACGCAUGGUGAAAGUGGAAUGGUCCGUUCCAGAUUCAAAUCCGAAUCAAGAAGAAAUGGAUGUCAGUGCCUACGAAUUGGUUGAACAUCCUGAUUAUUCUUUUUGUUAUGGAGAUGUGGUGUUUCAAAUUAAAAAAGUGGAAGUGAUCGGAGAAGAAAAGAAAGAGCAAAAUCAACUGUCAUGUGUUGGAACUGUUUUCGGGUUUAAAGAUGGGAAAGUUCUAGUUGAGUGGGCAAAUGGUUGUGCAACAAAGGUGGCGCCAUAUGAAAUCUUUCGAAUGGAUAAAUCCGAGCAAGUUUCAUCAUCUUCCAUGCAUUUGAGCAGCCAACGUGAAACUAUUGAACAAGCGAUGAUUCAAGAAAUCUCUGAUAGCAGAAACCCGCCAUUCCAGCCAAAAGAAAAGAGUUUACUAGUUUGUCUUCUUCCUCAAGCUGCUGUUGGGAUAUUUUCAAGCAUUAUAGGUAGCUUAUUUGGAUCCCAAUCCACAUCACAUGAAUCUGGUGGAAUAAUUGACCACACUUUCUCAGAAGAACAUGGUUAUGAACUUGUGGAAUCAGAACCAAUAGCAGACAACUUCCAAAUAUUUGGGGAGAGAAACUCGCAACAGCCACUUUUCUCCACAGAUUCAAAGAUGACCAAAUCAUUUAAGCGCUUUGAUAUGGCGGGUGAUUGUUCUGACCACCACUUCUUUGAUGUUGCUGCUAAAAAGGGGUUAACAUCAUCUGUCCAGAUGAAAAGAGGUUGGCUGAAAAGAGUUCAGACGGAAUGGAGCAUGAUGGAGAAAGAUCUUCCAGAAACUAUAUUCGUUCGUGUCUAUGAAGAAAGGAUGGACUUGUUGCGAGUAGCCAUAAUUGGUACGCCUGGAACUCCAUAUCAUGACAGCCUCUUCUUCUUCGACAUUUUUCUUCCACCAGAAUAUCCUCACGAGCCACCAUUAGUUCACUAUAUAUCAAGUGGACUCCGUUUGAACCCGAAUUUGUACGAGACAGGAAAGGUUUGUUUGAGUUUGCUUAAUACAUGGAUGGGUAGUGGAAAUGAAGUAUGGAAUCCAGAAAGAUCGAGUCUUCUCCAAAUUCUUAUAUCGCUUCAGGCACUUGUCCUGAACCGGAAGCCUUAUUUUAAUGAAGCGGGUUAUGAUAAGCAGAUGGGCACACCCGAGGGAGAGAAGAAUUCGGCCAGCUACAAUGAAAAUGCUUUUCUUGUUAGCUGCAAAUCCAUGUUUUACCUUCUACGCAAACCCCCUAAGAAUUUUGAGGCCCUUGUGGAUGAACACUUCAUAAAGUGCUCACAUAACAUUCUGUUGGCUUGUAAGGCUUACAUGAAUGGAACUCGAGUAGGCUGUGCUUUUGGAGAUGAAAACCGGGAAGAAGAAAAGAGAGGAAGUUCAACCGGUUUCAAGAUCAUGCUGUCCAAGAUGUUUCCUAAACUUCUGGAAGCUUUUUCCGCUAAAGGGGUGGAUUGCAGCCAGUUUGUCAAUAUGUGAUGACAAAGGAAGUUUGGUUAGUAUAUUGUAAAUAAGAUUGCGGUUUGUUGGUUGAUUUGCUAUUUCAUUGUGAGAAUAAAGUGGGAAGGACUUUCCUGCAUUUGUAACAUAUACAUGGGUGUGCUUGGUGUACUUGCUUCAUAGACAAAAUAUUGUUUGGUUUGGUUUGUUUGAUAACGUUUAGAUUGAUUCAGCUUA